UCGUAAAGUUUUUUUUAAAUUAAUUAUUCAAUUCUUACACAAAUCCUUAAUACAAUGUCGAAUAGUAACUUAUUUAUGAAGACAGGAUUUCUUAGAGCUCCUUUACAAAAUGGUGUUGGCCGCUAUGUGUGUCAGCUUCAAAGGAUAGUGUUUAAAUUUUGCAAAAGCCAUGGUGGUAGCCGGGGUUUAAGAGAUUUUAUCGAACAAGACUUAGUGGACUUUGCCAAGAAUAAUCCAAGCAUAGUUGUGUAUUUGAAGCCUCGUAGACACAGAUCACCGGUUAUUGUCGGUGAAUAUUUAAACGGAGACAGAGUGUGGAUGUCCGUUAACCAAAGAACUCAUUCGGAAAUUACAAAAUGGAUAGAAAAUCUCCGAACCCAACAAGGCAAUGUGUCAGAUAUACGUCUCCGUAAAUAUCAGUACACCGAUCACCCUUCGAUACAAGGGCCUUGGACGCCAUUUACGUUCAAAAACCCAGAAUUGAAUAUUGCAGAAUUGCCCAAUGUGAAAUUUGGUGAAAAUAAUCGUUUGCCUAUUUCCGCUACUGAACAGUUGAGAUUGAUGUUUGAAAAGCAAAAGUUGAGCGAUGUACAAACUGCAGAAUAGAUGCUUGAAGAUGAGUAACUCCGUGAAUCUUAGUUUAUUGCGAUGUACCCUAUAACUUAAAAUUGUGCUACUUUGACAAGUACUUGAUUGAUCUUUAAUAAAAUAACAUUCAAUGGGCUAUUUGACAGUAAAUUUAAGCACAAGCUGUAAUUGAGUCUGUGCCUUAUUGAGCAAAGUACCCAUGUUUACAUAUGUAGUUAAGUGCAAAUCCGUUGGCUUACCUAUCUAAUAUAUAAAAUUAUCGUGUCACAGUUUUCUUUGCCAUACUCCUCCGAAACGGCUUGACCGAUUUUGAUGAAAUUUUUUGUGCUUAUCCGGUAUCUAUGAGAAUCG